UAGCACGCGCCGUUUCAAUGUUUCCGAUAUAAUAUAUAACACUAUAUAUCUCCGCUUAUUUAUAUAAAGAUCUAGUCAACACACACCGUUCGCAUUUAUCAUUUUGCUUAAAACCUCGCCGACAUACGCACCUCUGCUUUAUUACCUUAUUCGAAAAAUAAAUUUAUGAAUAAACAAAUACGUUAAUAAUUUUUUGAAUAAAUUAUUUUGAAUAUUUUUUUCGGAACGUUUAAAUUUAUAUUUUUAUAAAUAAAUUUUGCACCUGUUUAUUUUUUUGGACAUUAAUUUGUGUUUGUGCUAAGUUUUUGGAAUAAUGGCGUUAAGAAUGACGAAAAUCUCAACCGUCUGUAUCCUGCUCAUCUUAUGCCUGGCGAUCCUCGUCCGCGAGUCGAACGCACGACCCCCAUGGCUAGCUCCUGGAAGCGGUGUGUUCACAGAGUCAGCUGAAUGUCAUACAGAUGACGAACUCCUAGAUCUAUGCCAGAGGUGUGCCAAGUUAACCAAGUCUAAAUUGGCGUAUCCAGCCUGCUGCUCCACUGACCUUCAAGCCAGGAAAUGGUGUUCAGACUACGUGUAUUUUGGUAGGGGACAGUAUGAUUUUUAUUAAUCUAUUUUAGAUUUAAGCUAAGUCUAAGCUAGGCUAGGUUAAUUUGAAUGUUGGCAUGACUGACUGUUUGAU